AGCCAAUCAGAGGGCACUUGUAUGCCCCGACUUCCGUGUUCAAGACAAGCGCCAUUAUUCUAAAUAAAGAAUUACACCUCACCUGAAAAACAAUAUUUACAUUUUACUUUGGUCUCUACUUCAUCAACCGGCUGUACGCUUUUUCUGCUUCUACAAAAAGACACGCCAACAUGGAGUUUAACGAGACCACCCUCCUGGAACGCGAAGACAACGGUGUCAAGCUGUUCGGACCCGGACGAUGGGCAACCUUUCACUGCAAGCAGUGCAACACGGUGUUGGGAGACUCCUUGUCUGUAUGCGGGGAGCUCACAUGUUUGGGUUUCAUCUUAUGCUGCAGAAUCACCAGUUGUGUGGAAGUGGGUCGUGAAAUGGAGUGUGGACAUAAAGGAGAAUUGGCUAACUGCAUCUUCAGCUCCCUGACAUGCGGCGAGUGCGGCUGCACGGUGGGCAAGGUGGUGCAUGCAGCGCCGCCGAGUCUAGCCGCGGUGCGCUCCCUCUUCCUCCUCCAAAAGGGGCUCAUCAAAUGUUAUGUGUUAGACAGCCGCUCUAUGGUGAAAGCGUCGGCCGUGUCCUUUGAGAUGGAGUCUCUCAUGGAAAGCGUCAAGGAGGUGAGACAACAAUUAGAAAUGCACUUUGAAGACACAAAAAGCCGCCUGCUGGACGUAAGCGCAUCAUCUGCAAGUCUGACAAGUGAUGCCACUGUUUAAUAUUAGCAUUCUUCGUUUUGAUGAUCACAUUGUAUCUUAUGGCCAGUUAACGUUUUUUUUUUUUUUCAUUAAACAGCUAUUUGCAAGCAACAACUACUCCUUGCCAUUUAUAUAAAAAAUUGGCCUCACGGGAUACAAUAACACACACGCACGCCAGGCCUAGUCAUUGGCACCAUGCUGCAUUUUAUUAUCAUCGUCAUUGCUAUUGCUGCGUUUGAGAAAUACAUUUUGUUAGUUAUACAAAACCAUUGCACAAUAAUAAUAAUAAACAUGCCCGUUUUCCUCCUCUUAGCUGCGGAGUGCAUAGGUUGUACACCUCGGUGAACAAAGUAAGGAUCUUUUCCAUUCGGGGAUGCUACAACAUGCUUGCUACUGUACUAACACAUUCCCCUUCACGCGCAGUCAAAUGACACACUUGUGGAUUAUUGCAUGCAUUACAAACAUGUCCGAGGAAAAAAAAACAUGCAUUGUUAUUUAUAUUUUUUAGUCCCUACUGAAUUUUAACAUGUCAUAAGUCCCCAAAAGAAAGGGUUGAGAAAUAUACAUAAACUGGAUAUGGUGGUUGACAGUGCAAGUAGUGCUAUGCAAACACAUUUGGACUUUCAGCGUGUAAAAAUGCUACAAGUAUCAUACAAUUAAGUCAAUUUUGUGUAUUGAUCAAGAGAAAAAAAUAAAUAAAUUGAUGACCAGCAGAAUCCAAUCUCAAAACAAAGCUCUAUAGCGUCCCACACCACCACCACAAGUCAUGCAUUUAUUGCUAAUCCUAAUACAAUUUUCUGGAUUACACGUAAUGCACGUACAACACUAAAGGGCUGGAAGAUCCAUUCAAAAUCACUUCAAUCUCAUCUUUUAGUUUAGUGCUAUUAUUUGGUUUUUGAGUGCAUUAAAAAAAAGUUUAAUCAUGCAUUUGAAUUUGCUUUUUUGUAUAUUUUAUUUUGGGGAGAUUAUUCAUCUGUGUUGUAUUAAAGCAGGCAUCAUGCAUUA